AUGGGUUCCGCAACUAAUUUUGCCAAAACCAUCAUCAUCCCCGCCUUCAUCUCCCUAACGCUCUACCUCCUCUUCUCCUUCGUGAUCAUCCCCUUCUUCCGUCGCUAUCAUCAACGAUACUCGCAAUAUCUCCCACUUCAUACUCUUUCUGCGCACACUAAAACACUCCGGGAUCGUAUCGCGGAUGCCUUAAUGCGACGAUUCCUCCCGUCGGUUUGGCGACAAUCACAAUUCGACGAUCAGCACGACAACAUCAGUAUAUAUGAUGAAGAAGGAGAGAUUAUGGUAGGGAUGGACAUGGACCCGUCACGGCGAGAAGCGCUCGAACGCCGACGGAGUACAGCCGGGGAUGCGGAGAGUCGAUUGAGCCGUGAACUCGAAGCGGGGUUCAUGGAUGACAGUGAUGAUGACGAGAGACAUACCCAUGCUCAGUCACGUCGCUGA